AUGCGCCGCUUUUUCCGCCGCCAUCGCAAGACGUCUGCGAAGAAUGACGAUCUGCAGCAGAAACAAAGGCCAACAAUGAGCUUGUCAAUCAAGCAGCUGGCCACCACUCCGGGUUCACAUAUGUGCACUUCAACAUGCCAAGGCAUUUCCGGCUUGCCGCCCGAAUAUCACGAAUUUGUCAUUGCUCAGCUCACCCAACGUUUGGGCGCAACACCCGAAAAACUCAUGAUCGAGGGGUUCGCCAUGAGCAAUGUCCAGACUGUGCCCGGACAAGGGAGCGACGUCGUGUCUGAGCCUGAGCUGCUCCAUAAACGGGCCAUUGAAGGCAACACAGAGUUUGCACGCAUGCCCUUGCCUCUCUCGGAAACUUACCGAUACCCGCCACUGGCAACGGGACACGCGCGGUUUCUUCGACUAGGCCGGCUGGGCUCCCACCCCUUGGCGUGUUUGGAAUCGCACUCGCUAGAGAGCCCGCCGCCCUAUAUCGCCAUAUCGUACUGCCGGGGCUCGACCAGCGCUCAAAGAGGCUUGGUCCUGGACAUGCAGGGCUUCAGCGUCUCGGAGACGGUGCUAGAAGUCUUAAACCAGGUGCAAGCAUGGCAGCACGCCACCAGAUCGAACGAGUUGCUCUGGAUCGAUCAGAUAUGCAUCAACCAAAGCGACUACAACGAGAAGUUGGAUCAAAUGUACCGCAUGGGCGAUAUCUACUACAAGGCAGAGAAGGUCUUCAUCUGGCUUGGGCCUGCGGCUAAUCAGAGCGACCUGGCAAUCUCGAAUAUGAAGAAGAUGCUGGGCGAGGUGAUGGCCCUGAAUCAGGCCACGGCGACCAGGGCUGAUGCGCCGAAUGGUAUUACCGCGGCAAGGAUAAACGAAAUCCAUGGUCAGUUGUAUGGUCACUUGUUUCUGCGGCCGUGGUUCCGCUGCUUGUGGACAGUCCAAGAAACGCUACUGGCGCGCAGACUGGUUGUCAUGUGCGGCAACCAAGAAGUCGACCUCGUCUUGCUCGCCGAGCUUGCGACUCAGAUCCUGACCUAUGGCUCCCUGGACAUCAUCCAGUUCCCGGGUGCCUGCGAGGAGGACUUGACCAACGCGCUUGUUGCCUUCGUGAACCUCUAUACCCUGCGGGAUACCGACGUUCCGACUGGUCAGAUGCUGCAUCUUAGCAUGAGCGGUUUCCGGGAUCUGGUGUCGGAGGCACGCUCUCGACAAUGUACCAUGGCUCCCGACCGAGUGCAUGCACUCAUGGGCGUGGCGCCGCCUCGGAUUCGCGAGUACAUGGCAGGUGUUUGCCAAAACGGGGGCGCAAACCACCGCGACAUCUGGCACCUCUACACUCAUUUCACCAAAUGCAUGCUCGACAACGACUCGAAAUGGCGCUUCCUCUCCUCGGCACCGUCCAGGGACAGGCCGACGGAGCUGCCGUCCUGGGUCCCCAACCUCGACUCCCAACCGCCCUUCGCCUCGAAGCUCAGCGGCGACUUCUCGGCCGGCAUAUCCUCCGCCACCAGGCACCUGGUCGACCGCACCGUCUCGGCCGAGGAGCUCGUCGCGCGGGGCUUCCGCCUCGACGUGGUCGCCGAGAUCGUCCCCCAGACCGCCUUCACCGAGGCGGCGCAGAACACCAGGCACAACGAGGUCUACGGCGACGCCGCGCGCGAGUGGGAGCAGGCCUGCCUCCGCCUCUGCCAGCGGGUCUACGGCCUCGGGCCGGAGCAGCUCCCGCGCCUGCACAUCGACAUCCUGCUGGCGCAGUCAUCGUCGUCGGCCGCCCGCCCCGCCUUGGGGAGCAACGGCGGCGGCGGUGGCGACGGCGACAAGGGCGGCGACGCGGCGCUCGAGGCCUACCACCUCUUCUGGGCAGGCUGCCGCCUGCGCAACGAGGCGCUCCGGCAGAUCCGCGAGGGCGGGUUCCCCGUGCCCGAGCACCUGAGCCACCUCCCCGACGCGGCCGAGCGGUUCGCGGACCGGGCGGUCCGGGCGUGGCGGAACGCGCUGUCGGCGGACGAGUACGCGCUGCUGCUGGGGUUCACGAGCGCGAUGAAGGCCGCGUGCUCCGGGCGGCCGUACAUCAGCACGAGGAGGGGAUUGCUGGGGCUCGGAUGCCCUGGCGUGCAGGCCGGGGAUGUCGUCUGCAUCCUGUACGGGACGACGGUUCCGUACGUGCUCCGCCCUCGACCGGACGGCGCCAUGUCGUUGGUCGGGGAUGCCUACAUCCACGGUGCCAUGGAUGGGGAGGCUCUGGCUUGGCCGGAUAAGGAGCCGGGCGAGAUGAUUAGGAUACGCUGA